CAAAGAACACCAUUAUUAGUUUAAUAAAAAAAUAUUUAAUUGACGUCAUUUUCUCUAAAAUCUUUGCAAUAAUAUCUUUUCACAGUCACACUCACAUGAAGUCCAAUCCAUCAAGCAAUUGUUUAUAGAUUUCCUCAAACUUAUCCUAGACAUUCAGCCAAAUGCUACAAACGAAAAGCGAGAUUCAUAAUUGCACGUUCCCUUUUGUUUUCUCCAGCUGAGAGAAUCAUAUCAUAAUUCGUAACUCAGAUUCAGAUUCACCCUUUCUUCUUCACCUCUCCCUUUACUUUUCUGUGCAGAAAGUUGUAAUUUUUCCUUCAAAAAUGGCAUCUUUGAGCAUGGCGCAGAUCAAAGUUGGGAAUUCUGCAUCUGUGUUUGCCUUGAAUUGGCCUAAGAAUGUUCAGGCUGGUCCAAACAGAGUUGGGAUUAAGGUGUUUGCUUCCGAGGCUAAGGCUUCAGAGCCUGAUCUUAGUGUCACUGUGAAUGGAUUGCACAUGCCUAACCCCUUUGUUAUUGGGUCAGGUCCACCUGGAACUAAUUACACUGUCAUGAAGAGGGCCUUUGAUGAAGGUUGGGGUGCUGUGAUUGCCAAAACUGUAUCACUUGAUGCAGCAAAAGUUAUAAAUGUAACUCCUCGGUAUGCCAGACUACGGGCAGGUGCAAAUGGAUCUGCAAAAGGAGAAAUUAUAGGGUGGGAGAACAUAGAACUUAUCAGUGAUAGGCCACUAGAAACUAUGUUAAAGGAAUUCAAGCAAUUAAAAGAAGAAUUUCCAGACAGAAUUCUCAUUGCUUCAAUCAUGGAGGAGUACAAUAAGGCUGCUUGGGAGGAGCUUAUUGACCGAGUUGAGCAAACUGGAGCUGAUGCAAUUGAAAUAAAUUUCUCCUGUCCUCAUGGUAUGCCGGAACGCAAAAUGGGCGCUGCUGUUGGCCAAGAUUGUGCUCUUCUUGAAGAGGUUUGUGGAUGGAUAAAUGCUAAAGCCACGGUUCCUGUUUGGGCUAAGAUGACUCCCAACAUAACUGAUAUUUCUCAGCCAGCAAGAGUUGCUCUUAGUUCAGGAUGUGAGGGAGUAUCCGCCAUCAACACAAUCAUGAGUGUCAUGGGAAUCAAUCUCAAUACAUUACGUCCUGAGCCUUGUGUUGAAGGGUACUCAACACCUGGAGGUUAUUCUGCAAGGGCAGUGCACCCCAUUGCACUUGGGAAGGUGAUGAGUAUUGCAAAAAUGAUGAAAUCAGAGUUUGAUAGUGAGAACUAUUCACUUUCUGCCAUUGGUGGUGUUGAGACAGGUGGUGAUGCUGCUGAAUUUAUUCUUCUUGGGGCUAACACUGUUCAGGUGUGCACUGGUGUUAUGAUGCAUGGCUAUGGUCUUGUGAAGAAACUGUGUGAUGAGCUUAAAGACUUCAUGAAAAAGCACAAUUUCACAUCAAUAGAAGAUUUCAGAGGGGUUUCUCUUCAAUAUUUUACCACUCACACUGAAUUGGUGCAAAGGCAGCAAGAAGCAAUUAGGCAGAGAAAAGCCAUAAGGAAAGGGUUGCAAUCUGACAAAGAUUGGACAGGAGAUGGUUUUGUGAAAGAAAGUGAAAGCAUGGUUUCUAACUGAAAAUGUGCAAUAAAAAGAAUAAGCAUCCUUUCUAAUAUGAUUACACGUUCAUGCAAAUAGGGCACUGAAGGACAUUAUCCCUUGUUGUUAAUAAUGGAUAUUUAUCUUUUUAAAGAACAUUAUGAUGUAUUUUAUGUGAGGAAAUAAUGGAAGUAUACUUAAGAAAAUUCUG